GGCGGGGCCUCGGGGCCCAGCGGGAGAGGCCGAGGAGCCGGCCGCGGCUGGGGUCUCGUCUCCGGUCGGCGCCUUCAGUGCCUCCGCCGGGUUGUGUUCAUGUUCCGAGGGUGUGACAGGAGCCAUGGAUCCCGCAGCGUUGAUGGAAGCCGUUGUGGAAGAAGUGGCCUGUCCCAUCUGCAUGACCUUCCUGAAGGAGCCCGUGAGCAUCGACUGUGGCCACAGCUUCUGCCACAGCUGUCUCUCCGGCCUCUGGGAGGUGCCAGGGGAAGCCCCCAACUGGGGUUACUCCUGUCCCCUCUGCCGGGCCCCCGUCCAGCCAAGGAACCUGCGGCCUAAUUGGCAGCUGGCCAACGUCGCAGAGAAGAUCCGACGGCUAGGGCUGCACCCCGGAAUGGGGCUGAAGGGCGACGUGUGUGAGCCCCACGGGCAGCAGCUGAGGAUGUUCUGCCAAGAGGAUGGCCUGCUCAUGUGCGAGGCCUGCAGCCGGGCCCCCGAGCACGAGGCCCACCGGGUCCUGCCCAUGGAGGAUGUCGCCUGGGAUUAUAAGUGGAAACUGCACGAGGCCCUGGAGCAUCUGAGGAAAGAGCACGAAGAGGCCUGGAAGCUGGAAGUGGGUGAGAGGAAGCGAACUGCCAACUGGAAGAUACAGGUGGAAACCCGAAAGCAGAGCAUCAUGUGGGAGUUUGAGAAAUACCGGCGGUUACUAAAGAAAAAGCAGCCACCAGGUCGGCGGCUGGAGGUCGAGGCGGCCGCAGCUCUGGCCAGCCUGGAGCAGGAGGAAGGGGAGACGGCGCGCAAACUGGAGUUGAAUCACGACGCGCUCAUCCAGCAGAGCCGGGUCCUGUGGCGGAUGAUCGCGGAGCUGGAGGACAGGUCUCAGAGGCCCGUCCGCUGGAUGCUGCAGGGCAUCCAGGACGUCUUAAACAGGAGCCAGUCCUGGAGGUUGCAGCGACCCGAACCCGUCUCGCUGGAGCUGAAGACAGACUGCCGAGUGCCGGGGCUGCGAGAGAUCCUGAAGACGUUUGCAGCGGACGUGCGCCUGGAUCCGGACACGGCUUAUUCUCGCCUCAUCGUGUCUGAGGACAGAAAAUGCGUGCGCUACGGAGACACCAAGCAGAAACUGCCCGACAAUCAGCGGUUUUACCGCUACAACAUCGUGCUGGGCAGCCAGUGCAUCUCCUCGGGCCGGCACUACUGGGAGGUGGAGGUGGGAGACAGGUCCGAGUGGGGCCUGGGGGUGUGCAGGGAGAGCGUCGACCGGAAGGAGGUGGUCUACUUGUCCCCCCACUACGGCUUCUGGGUGAUCAGGCUGCGGAAGGGCAGUGAGUACCGGGCGGGCACCGACGAGUACCCGCUCCUGUCGCUGCCUGUGCCGCCCCGCCGGGUGGGGGUCUUCCUGGAUUACGAGGCCCACGACAUCUCCUUCUACAACGUGACCGACAACGGCGCCCACAUUUUCACUUUCCCCCACUACCCCUUCCCUGGGCGCCUCCUGCCCUAUUUCAGUCCUUGCUACAGCAUCGGGGCCAACAACACCGCUCCCCUGACCAUCUGCUCCCUGGACGGGGAGGACUAGGAGGGCCACCGUUCCAGCCACAGGCCUCGGCACUUCGCCUGGCCCGCAGGGAUCUUGCAGGACCUCACCCCCACAAGGACCCCUUGGAACUGAGCAGAGCCCGGAAUCUGCCUGACCCGGUGGCCUGUCACGGCUGGGCCAAGUCUCCCAUAAAGCACCCACGCAAGAAAGCUGCGGCUCAGCCAAGGGAACGUUGUUCCCCCGAGGGAAGUGUGACAAGGCUUGUGGUGAGUAUCAGAGUGGUCCCAGGACCUGGACAGUCCUUUCUGCAGCUCACGCCCGUUUCCCAUCCCUGUCAGCGCCGCAGCUGAGUCAGGAGGACGGGGACAUCGACCCCAGCAAGCCAAAGGACGCUUCCCGUUGCCAGAUGACAUGCUGAUGCCAGCAGGAGGAUGCUUCACCUGAGGUUUGCUGCUGCUCAGAAACCCGUGUUUCACCCCAACUCUGACCUCCCAACUAGAGAAACGUGUCACCCCCUGCCCAGACCACCUCAGGGGCUGUCCCUCCCUGAGCACAAGCUGGCAAGUCACUCCGGCAGACUCCAAGGCCAGCUGUGUCCUGGUCCUGCCAGUUCCUCUAAUGUCGGGACCAGAAAACGCGUGAGCUUUGUUUCUGUCUUCACUUCACUAGCCUUAGUGCAGCAAAGGGUCUCUGCCAAAGCUGUGGAAGGAAGGGUGUAAACAUUACAAAGCGUUUCUCGCAUUCCAAUGAAACACAGUCGACAAACCUCACUUCUCAGGCCUCACGCCCGCAAAUCAUUCAUUACAUUCAGGUCUGCACCGCCCCAGUGUGUGCAAGAUUUUAAGUGUCCUCAGUGGGAAAGUGGGUACAGUAAAUGCAUAGUCUCCUACCUCGCAGGAUUGUUGUGAAGAUCUCAGAUCCAUCCCGUACUGUUGUUCCUUUCUCAGGGUCGAGGAAGGCAAGCCAGGGCUUUCGCCCGUGGUGACCUUCCGAGCUCGCCUUACAGCGUCUUUGCAGCACUGCCUUAGCUUCGUAGGGCCUCUCCUGACAGUCGAGAGCCCUUUAGACAGAAAGACGCCUGUGCCCUGGCAAGAACUCCUGGCUACAGAAACACACUGUGCAUCUAGUGCGUGUGUUUGUCUUUGGGUUAGAACAGGGACUGUGACAGGGUAGAGAAUGGAAAUAAUGCAGAGAAAACUGUAAGCAAAUGCACUGAAAGGAAGGCUCCCCCCAGGCUCAUUGGGCUGAAGCUUCGAUCUUCGUAUGUCACCAGAGGCAUCUUCAUGGUUCUGGUAACUACAUGGUAUAGCCUUUCUCUAAAUCUGUGACAGAAGGGGGAAGCAGAUGGGACGUGUGGGGAGAAAGAACUAGGCACAAAAGCCAUAUGUGAUCACGAAAGGGAACUAAGACUCUGUAUCUGGGCACUUGGCCCUGGAGAGAGAGUGUGGUGUGUGGCAGAAAUGAUUCGCUCUAGGUCUUAAGAGCGCAAUGUGGGGAUGAUUGUGCUGGAGACAAACUGCAAGGUCAGCAUGUGAGAGCUCUUGGCUUUGCCUGCUGUGAGGAGCUGCAAUGUUGUACAUGAGGUAUUGUCACCAUGAUGCUGUGUGACACAGCCUCAGGUGUGGUUGAAGGUAGUGACUGAGUUAGGACAGGGCAGCAAAGUAGAUACUAGUUGAGGUACAGGCAGAAGCAAAAUAGUUCCCGUAAUAAAGAAUAGCAAACAUUGUCUUUCUACCUGAAUUGUAUUGUUUGUUUCUAUACAAAGGAGGCAAAACAGGCCAAAAUGGAGAAACAAACUUACUCCACCCACCAUGUCUCCAGGUUGCUCCUUAAGCGUUAGCAGUAGAAGGGGAGAGGUUUCCCUCAUCUGCUUGGAGGGGAAGGACUGGUAAGUCACGCACUUGGUCUUGGCAAAGGGUUAAGCUGCCCUACACUGAAGGGACCUUAUAUCUUGGUGGGGCUGGCGGGGGUGGAGGGGGGAAGUGCCUGGGGAGGUGUUUACAGACUUGAGAAAUAGGCCUUGAGGAAGUGCUUCCAGUUUUUGUCCAUGGAAACUUAUCCAACGCUAGAGGCUCUAUCAAUGCUGUUCUUUUACUGUGGUUUUAUUAGGAAUUUUGGAAGUUCCUUAGAAAAAUAAAAUUAUUCGGUGAUGCAUUCACUCAGACUGGAAUGAAUUAAGGAGUGAAAUGGUUUCAUUUGUACUGUGUUCUUUGGGUUGCUUUUUUGUUUUUGUUUUUUUCCAUUUAUAAGCUGAUUUAGGUGCUAUGAUGAGUGUUAAAAGAAUUACAAGGGUAAACAUUAUAUGUUAUAUAUUGUCUGAUUUUUAAGACCAGACAAGAAGAUUGAAGGGCUUAGGUGUAUGAAAAACUUUUCUCCAGGGUAGUCGCUUACACCCCCUUCCGAGAACCCCACGAAGACAAGGACCUUAUUUGUCAGAUUCACCACUGGAGCCCCAGUCUAGUGUUUUGUGUGUGUCUGUGUGCGUGUAUAAAUAACUCAGUGAGGGAACUUUUAUUCAGAUGACUAGUAUCUAAACAAAAAUAAGCUCUUGCCUUAUAGUGGCAUGAAAGAGUGCCACUAAAGUGGACGUUAUUUAAUUGUAAUCCUAUUGAAAACCUGAUUUGAUGGAUAUUUACAAACGUGGUCCAAGGGGGAUGAGGCAGGCAGCCAUGGGGAAUGUAGCGUGUCUGCUCGCUGGAAUGCCUAGGGCUCUACCCCUAAUUUGGUGUGAUCGUUCUCCACAAGCCAGGGAUGAGCUUUGCCCUUGUUUUAUUGGCAGAGAAACCAAGGGCACGGUGCCUGAGCUUGAGGGGAAAGGCUAUUCAAAGGGCAGAAUGCUUGGUUCUGGAGACAGUGGAGACUGAGGGCAAAUCCUGAGGCUCCCAACUCCCCACGGAAAAUCCAGUCUCCCUUUCAUUCAAGCAGGAUUGGCUAUAACCUCCAAAAAUCCAAACACUGAGAAACUACCUUGGGUCCUAGGCUCCAGUUAAAUGAGAUGCUUUGCUUCAAGUGAAAGGGCAGAGAUUGCGUCUGAAUACAUCAGAGGCAGCAUGGGGUUUUCUGCCCGGGGUCUCCGUGGCAGUCCCCUUCGGGAAGUACGGCAUUCGGUAUUUGAGGACCAGCAAUGGGUCUCAGCUAGUUGAGUGAAUACCAGCAUGAAUGAAACAUAAAGCUGGCAGGACAGGCUUCUGAUGGAAAUGCUGGGAAGAAGUUUGCUUUGAGGGCUGCCUGAGCUGUCCCUCUGCCACAGUCCGUCACAUUCUUGGUGCAUCUGAUGUUCUUGGAUUUAGUGGACAUAGCCAAUUCACUGAGUUGUUUGUGGAGCAAGAGUGGUGUGACUUGAUGGAAAUCUUAUGGGAUAUGCCUGACCAUCUCACAAUCUUGGUUUGGUGUAAGUGUGCACACUAGGCCAGAUGUGGUGGUGUGUGCUUUCUAUUCAUUAUUUUGCUCAAUCGCAAUACUGUCUAUGAAUUAGCAUUGUUUCCUCCAUCAGCAGAAAGGAAAAAAGACUCAGACACAAUAACUUGCUGUCAACACUUAAUAGGAAAUUCUUUUAUUAAGAUUUUUGGAUGUACCAGAGUCAGAUAUAUGUGUCUCUUACAUAUGAAAUCUCCGUUUUAACAUAUACUGAAUAUUCAAUUUAAGGUUCUCUGAAAGGGGAAAAUAAAAAACAAAACCCAGCUAGAUCUCUGAUGACGUGGGGUGAGUAGUGAUAUUUCGGCGUCAUUUUUGUUACUCUUCUCUGUUCACCUUUUGGUCCCAGAGCAUCACCUCCUUAGAGGUACCCAAAAGAAGAAAGACCCGUGUUAUAUUCAGUCCCUCUAUUUUGUAUCUUAUAGUUAAAUUACAUAAGCAGGACUCAAAAGCAAAGAGAAGGAUGUUCACAGCCAAACCCACAUUGCCUUAGCUUCUGCUGCUUAGAAGUAAAAAGCUGGCGGUUAGUCCCCUGACUCCAUCUAGCUUAACAGUAGUGGGCAGCUUAGACAGACAGAGAUUCGUCUUAGAGAACAUAAUAACGGGUAUACCGGGUGUUCAAAGAACCAGAGACUCAGUUUCUUCCUCCCGUUCUGCUCAUCUGCUUCUCUUGCUGUGGAGCAGAUUUCCUUCCCAAGUUCUGUGUUGGAAAUUGGUCAUCAGUGAUCCCCAAUUUUGUCUCGUCAGAUAAACUGUAAUCCCUUUUGGCUGGAGAAGGACUGUGGCCCAGGUGUGAGCACACGACGCAAGUCGAGUGGAUUCAUCGGUGGGAUUAGGCCAGGAGGCAAGGUCAUAUGUUAGUAGUUGCUUCCAUAUGAUCACAUAAGGAGAUGAACGGUUGUGAGAAAAAUCAGAUCUGGGGGGACCAAACAGUUGUUGUUUUCUGCAGAGGGACUGGUAGGAUACGAAGUUGGAAAUACAGGUCAGAAUCUAAGGAAAGAAGAAAAAUCUGUAUUCUCUGCCCAGACUUAUCUCUGAUUCAGAUACUAGUUGAUUGAAACCAUUCAGGGUGUCAGAAAAUUAAUCAUUUCACUCACAUCCUUGCUAGAAAUUGAAAAGUUAGGCCAAGAUACCCUUUACAGCUUCACCUUGGAACUUUUAUGGUGCCAGGUGAACCAGAUCAGCUCCACAGAUUUCUAAAGCAACUUGACUUGGCCGGAACACUCCAAGUCGGAUCAGACUCUGUGUUCAUAAACCCAGGUUGGAGUGCUCCAGUAGGCAGCGCAUCAGCAAGCUCCACGUUCGCUUCCGCAGUUGAUUGGUCUUCAGGCCGUAGAUGAUGGGGUUUAAGGUGGGUGGGAUGAUCAGGUACAAGUCUGCUAACAGAACUUGAGUGUGCAAAGGCACCGCGUGCGUCCCUAGCCAGGCUACGUGGAUGGAUGCCAUCCCAGGUAGGUAGUACAGAGCCAUGACCCCCACGUGGGAGCCACAGGUGCCUAAUGCUUUCAGCUGAGCAUUCUUUGAGGAGAGCCGGAAUACGGCCUGAAGAAUCAGGAUAUAGGAGGCAGCAAUAAAGGCCACAUCAGAACCCACAAUAAUGGAGGAACCAAUCAGGCUGUAGAGACAACUGGGCCUGGGGUCAGCGCACGCCAACGUGGCCACAGCCAUGUGCUCACAGUAGGAAUGGAGAACGACAUUGGAGCCACAGAAAGGGAGCUGACUCACCAUCCAACUCAGUGGUGUCAUGAAUGUGAUGGCUCUGACGGCAAUGGUCACGCUCAUCCCCCACAGCACGCGAGGCGUGAGAAUUCUCUUGUGGUGUAGGGGCUUACAGACGGCCACAUAGCGGUCGAAAGCCAUGGCCAGGAGCAGUCCUGUCUCCAUAGCUGUGGCUGCAUGGACAAAGUACAUCUGAGUGAAGCAGGCAGUAAAGCUGAUGGAGCUGUGCCCGGAGGAGAAGAUGCUCACCAUCGUGGGCACCACAGAGGAAGCCAUGGCCAUGUCCACGGCAGCCAGCACACAUAGGAGGUGGUACAUGGGCUCUUGCAGAGCGGAGUCUGUCCAGAUCACAGUCACUAUGAGGCUGUUUCCUAGCAGGGCUGCGACAUACGUGAUACUCAGUGAGACAGCCAGCCAGACAUGUGAAGAUGGCAGACCUGGGAUACCCACCAGGAUGAAUGUUGCAGGGGUUUCCAUUGCAUGGUUGUAGGAUGGGCCCAGCAUCACAUACGAGACUGCUUUUCUGUUAAUGUAUAAAGCGAUAUAAGAAAAGGAUGCAGUCCUGUAAGACUCGUUCCCAGCGGUGGUGUCAGGAGAGCCUGAUGGUGUUUUCAGCUCAGGGGACGAAGGGACUAAAACUGACAUCUGACAAGGUUAUCCUGCUCCUCACAUCUUCAGUAUUCUUUGCUUUGCUAAUUCCUAUUCCUUGUUCAAAGAUCAGCUCAUGAUAUGUUCUUUGGCAUUCUUCCUUUCUCUACCUCCUCCUCCAUCUCACGCCAAAACCAGACUAGAUGCCUUCAGAGCUUUUGUGGAAUCUCCCAUGCUGACCACUGAGGGACCUAAAUGGACAGUUCCCGGACUCUUCCUGUACUCAAUCCUGUGUGUCUCGUUCACAGCCUUAUACCAAAUGUGUGACCCGUAGCUGUUGUGCACGAGUCCAUUAAAAGAAGGUGUGUGUGCUCAUCAUACCAAACAGCCAAAUGAGUGAGAAAUCAGAUGAAAGUUUUGUUUCUAUAUGUUCCUAACAUGUAAAAGUUGUUGAAUAAAACAGUGAACUUCCCAA